UUAAAAUGAUAGUCAUACAAUUGUUGAUCGCUGCCAGUUUAAUUCUUUGGAUCCGUUUUCUAUGGAGUCGACGCAAAUUAUACAUGUUGAUGAUGCAGUUGCCGGGAAGAAUGGGACUCCCUUUACUUGGAAAUUCCGUAAGAUAUCUUAUAAUUAGCAGGGGCAGAAUGAGUUCAAGAACCACGUACAUGGAUAAGCACGGCUCCACAUACAUGGCCUGGAUAGGCACAACUCCAAUUGUGAUAACACGAGAUCCAAAGAUUGCCGAAAAAGUCCUCACGUCACCCUUCUGCAUCAACAGAAGUUCUCAGACAACUAAUGCUCUCGCACUUUCUAUGGGAUACGGACUGCUGACAUUACAGGGAUCCAAGUGGAUGGCGCGACGCAAGCAUAUGAAUCCCGCAUUUAAACAUAGUGUGUUGCUCAGCUUUCUUCCCAUUUUCAAUGCUGAAACGGAUUUACUGGUUAGCGUUUUUGACUCCUUUGUUGGUCAAGGUGAAAAAGAUGUCCUUUCAGACCUCAUAAGAUGGUCAUUUGCCAUAGCUACUCAAACCACAUUGGGAACCGAUGUUACGAAAGAUGAUAAUUUCGAAAACGACGCAAUAUUAAAAACCUAUCAGUCGAUGUUGCGACUGACCAUCAUAAAUAUUUUCGUGCCCUUUGUGCAAAAUAAAAUUGUUUCCAAACUCUUCGGACUUGAAUGGCUGCGAAGAAGAGACGCUUCUGCCAUUAAUAAAAUGAUAAACAACAUUCUGGACAAAAAGCUAAAUUCAAACCCAGAAAAUUAUUGCGAGUCAGAACUAAAGACUGUUAUACACAGGGCGAUUGAACUUUUUCGUAAUGACGAAAUGUCCUUAAUGGAGUUAGGUGCCGAAUGCAGCAGUAUGGUUCUCGCUGCUUUCGAGACAAGCGCCCACACAGUGUAUUAUGCCCUCGUUUUGCUGGCCAUGUUUCCUGAACAUCAGGAAAUGGUCUUCAAUGAGAUUAAGGAGCACUUCCCUUUGGCCAAAGGAAUCGAGGUUACCCACACCGAUCUUCAACAAUUGGUUUAUUUAGAUCGCGUUUUGAAUGAAACCCUGCGAUUGAUGCCAUCCGUUCCGUUCAGCUCGAGGGAGACACUGGAGGACUUGCGGCUAUCAAAUGGAGUUGUCAUCCCCAAGGGAAUGACUAUCAGCAUAGACAUAUUUAACACUCAACGCAACACUGAUUAUUGGGGCUCAGAAGCAGCGCAGUUCAAUCCCGAAAACUUUCUGCCGGAAAAAAUCCACGACAGGCAUCCAUACGCCUUCAUUCCAUUUUCAAAGGGAAAGAGAAAUUGCAUAGGCUGGCGAUAUGGACUGAUGUCUUCGAAACUAGCUUUAGUCAAGAUACUCAGAAACUACAAGCUAAAAACCAGCUUUCCCUACGAAAAUCUGGAAUUCGUUGACCACAUGGUCAUAAAGCUUGCUCAGUCACCACAACUGGCAUUCGAACGACGAACUUUAUAACAUAACUUUCUUAUUUUGAAAAUUCUAUUAUAUUGGCUUUAAGAAUUCUUUUUAUACAGCCAUCACAAAUAAAACGGUUUGGUAGUUUUG